UAAAACCCCGGGCCCGCAUGAUCGCGGCAUCCUCAGCGGCCUCCUGGGUGCGCGACCCCCGACUCGGCGGCGUCCUUGCUCGGUCGCGAUGCUGCUGCUGCUUGCGCUCCUGGCCCUGGCCGCGGCGGGUCCCUCGGCAGCUGAAGAGUUACACUGGUGCUAUGAGAUUCAAGUCGAGGCCUCCAACUACACUUGCUUGGGGCCAGACAAGUGGGGUGAACACUGCCAGAAGGACUUCCAGUCCCCCAUCGACAUCAUUACCAACAAGGUGAAGGUGGACAAAAACCUGGGACCCUUCUCCUUCUCUGGCUACGAUAAGAAGCUAGAGUGGACUGUGGAAAACAACGGACACUCAGUGAGCGUGUCGCCGAUAACGAAUGGGAUUGAGAUCACGAUUGCUGGAGGAGGACUGCCUGCUCAGUUCCAGCUCACGCAGUUCCACCUGCACUGGUCCAAGACGAUGAAUGCAGGCUCGGAGCACAGCAUCGAUGGGCAUCACUUUGCCAUGGAGAUGCACAUAGUACAUCAGACAGAGAAGGGGACAUUGGGGAACGAUAAUCACGCCCAGAAGUUUGAAUACGAUACCGCAGUGCUGGCUUUCCUGGUGAAGCCUGGAUCUGCGGUGAAUGAAGGCUUCCAGCCGCUGGUGGAGGCACUGUCUAAAAUCCCCAGACCCGAGAUGAGUACCACCAUAGGGCAGAUCAGCCUGUUGGACUUUCUCCCCAAUGAGGAGAAACUGAGGCACUACUUCCGCUACCUGGGCUCGCUCACCACGCCGUCCUGCGACGAGACGGUUAUCUGGACUGUGUUCGAGGACCCUAUUGAACUGCACAGAGACCAGAUCCUGGCGUUCUCCUAUAAGCUGUACUACGACGAGGACCAAAAACUGAACAUGACAGACAAUGUCCGGCCUGUGCAGGACCAGGGGCAGCGCACGGUGUACAAGUCACAGGCCCCAGGCCAGCUGCUGCCCUUGCCUCUGCCCGCCCUGCUGGUCCCCACGCUCACCUGCCUGGUGGCUGGCUUCCUCCGGUGACGACUCACUUCUGCACGUGGGAUCUCUGGCCUCAGCCCUUGGAUGUUUGGGCUUCCUUCCCUUCCUUAGGCUUCCCAGGUUGAACUUUAGGCAUGAUUAAAAUAUGUAUUUUUG